AAUAGUGUUUCAGGAAUUCUUGUAGCUGGUACUGGCAUAUUCGGUUCAAAUCUGACGCAUCUUUAUGGUCCACGUGGUGUAUGGGUAGAUGGUAAUGGAGAUUUAUUUGUUGUAGAUUCUGAUAAUCAUCGUGUAGUGAAAUGGUCAAUGAAUGCAACAAGUGGUAUUCUUGUAGCUGGUGGAUUUGGUCGAGGACCAUUCUCAACUCAAUUGAACAGUCCAACUGCAAUUAUCAUGGAUGGCUAUGGUAACAUGUUUAUUCUCGAUGCGGGUAAUCAACGUAUUCAACAAUUUACACCUGGAAAUAAUGUUGGUAUUACAAUUUUUGAUGGAUCUUAUAACAGUGGCUUCGGUUUGAAUGCUCAGAGUAUGGGAAUGGAUUCAUUUGGAAAUCUAUACGUUGCUGAUUUUAAUAGUAUGCGCAUUCAAAAGAUCAAUCUUGUAUCAAGUAGUUUAUGUACAGGUAUGUUAUGUGAUGGAUAA